AUGAAGGUGAGACGGAAUCCGCUGCCUCGCCGGUUGGUGGAUGCAUUAUGUUACCUUGUCAUCGGGGUGUUUUUACCCAUUGUCUUCAUAUUCGAGAUCAUUGUUGUGCUGCCGGCAAUACAUGAACCGGGAACUUUUCUACACACCUUUACUUUUUUGAUGGCGAUGUUUCUGUUAUUCAACAUAAAGGCAAACAUGAUAGCGUGCAUGGUGAUUGACACAAGCGUUGAUCAUGACCGCACUGCAGUACCGCCAGAUGGCGCAUUGGAGCGCCUCGAGUGGCGACAUUGCCCAACCUGCGAUCGAUUAGCACCUCCGAGAUCAUGGCAUUGCAAAGUGUGUGGAGUUUGUAUUUUAAAACGUGAUCACCACUGUCUCUUCACGGGCUGUUGCAUUGGUCAACAUAAUCAUCGGUAUUUCAUGUGUUUCACAUUCUACCUCUUUAUCGGAUCGGUCUACGCCCUCGUCUAUAAUUCCUACUAUAUGUGGGUCCUCAACGCAGCCAUCUAUAGUACAUGGUUAACGGCUUUCAAGCUGAUUUGUCCCUUGUUCAUGUUGAUCAUAGGCAACUUCUGGCCAAAUGUCCAGCUAUUGUUCUAUAGUCUCAACAUUCUAGCCCUGCUAUAUUCGAUCAUAAUAUUGAUCUAUCAUGUGCCCAUUGUUAUGCGUGGUGAGGUCUGUGCGGAGAGCGGGAAACAGCACAAGUAUAAUAAUGGACUAUUCCUGAAUCUGAGAAGUGUCUUUGGCAAUCGAAUGCAUUUGGUUUGGCUCUCUCCUUUAGUCAAAAGCGAACUUCCCGAUGAUGGUUACAGCUGGAGCACACAAGUUAAAAAGUCAAGUUAAUGUUAAUUUUAUAAAAGAGUGAUCUUAUUUAUUUAUUCAAAAUGUAAAACUUCUAGUAUUUUAUGCUAAUCAUAAAUAGCCAAGCAUGACUGCAAUCCCAUAUUAUAUACAAAUUAAGCAA